ACAUGGCGUAAAGAGGGGAGGUAGACGCCGUCCGAGGGAGAAAAAAUCGGUGGGAGACACAAAAGAAAAAGUUUGUUCGCAUCUAUAAGUGCUUAGUAAGUUUUAAAGGAAACAAAUGGCUCUUAAGUCUUCCCGACCAGUAAAGUUUUCCACUGGUCAGUGACCCUCCACACGGCUAGGGACGGAUCAACUUGGAGAGGAAGGCGAAUGUUUUGUGCAGGUCAAGAGGUAGUGGAAGAUGGCUGCUGCGUCUUACGAUCAGCUGCUGAAGCAAGUGGAGGCCCUGAAGAUGGAGAACUCCAACCUACGCCAGGAACUCGAGGACAACUCCAACCACCUCACCAAACUAGAGACCGAGGCAUCUAAUAUGAAAGAGGUGCUGAAACAGCUCCAAGGAAGCAUUGAAGAAGAUUCCACAGACUCCCAAGGACAGAUUGAUAUCCUAGAGCGGCUCAAAGAGAUGAGCCUGGACUCCACUGGCAGCUUCCCAGGGGGAGGGAAGCUGAGGCCCAAGCCUGGCGCGCAGGCCUCCGGUUCGGGCCACUCAGCGGACAGCAGCCCCAGCCCCAGCCCCAUGGGCUCCUUCUCCAGGAGAGGCACCCCCUCAGCGGGCCGGGAUAGCGCCGGCUACCUGGAGGAGCUGGAGAAGGAGAGGUCCUUGUUGAUGGCUGAACUGGAGAAGGAGGAGAAGGAGAAGGAUUGGUAUUAUGCCCAGCUGCAGAACCUCACCAAGAGAAUCGACAGCUUGCCCUUAACUGAGAAUUUCUCGCUGCAGACGGACAUGACGCGGCGGCAGCUGGAGUACGAGGCUCGGCAGAUCCGGGCGGCCAUGGAGCAGCAGCUGGGCACCUGCCAGGACAUGGAGAAGAGGGCUCAGGGAAGGGUGGCCCGCAUCCAGCAGAUUGAGAAGGACAUGCUGAGGAUUCGGCAGCAUCUCCAGUCACAGCCGGCCGAGCCUGAGGUCAAGCAUGAAGCGGUUGGUCCCGGGGAGGCUGCACAGCCAUCAGCUGACUCUGCGGUUGGGACUGUAAGCUGUGCUCAGGCCUCCAGCUCUCGUCUGGACCAUGAGUCGGGUAGUGAAAUGAGCUGUGCAGGAAGCUACUCCGUCCCUCGCCGCCUAACGAGCCAUCUGGGCACCAAGGUGGAGAUGGUGUACUCGCUGCUCUCCAUGCUGGGCACGCACGACAAGGACGACAUGUCCCGCACGCUGCUGGCCAUGUCCAGCUCGCAGGACAGCUGCAUCGCCAUGCGCCAGUCGGGCUGCCUGCCGCUGCUCAUCCAGCUCCUCCACGGCAACGACAAGGACUCGGUGCUGCUGGGCAACUCGCGCGGCAGCAAGGAGGCGCGGGCGCGGGCCAGCGCCGCGCUGCACAACAUCAUCCACUCGCAGCCGGACGACAAGCGCGGCCGGCGGGAGAUCCGCGUCCUGCACCUGCUGGAGCAGAUCCGCGCCUACUGCGAGACCUGCUGGGAGUGGCAGGAGAGCCACGAGCGCGGCGUCGACCAGGACAAGAACCCCAUGCCUUCACCAGUGGAGCACCAGAUUUGUCCUGCAGUUUGCGUUCUCAUGAAGCUGUCCUUUGACGAGGAGCACAGACAUGCUAUGAAUGAACUCGGUGGACUUCAAGCCAUAGCAGAGCUGCUGCAGGUUGACUGUGAGAUAUACGGCCUGACGAGCGACCACUACAGCGUGACACUAAGGAGAUAUGCUGGGAUGGCCUUGACCAAUCUCACUUUUGGGGAUGUAGCGAACAAGGCAACGCUGUGCUCCAUGAAGGGCUGCAUGAGGGCCAUGGUGGCUCAGCUGAAGUCAGACAGUGAAGAUCUACAGCAGGUAAUUGCCAGUGUGCUGCGGAAUCUGUCGUGGCGUGCGGACGUGAACAGCAAGAAGACACUGAGGGAGGUGGGCAGUGUGAGGGCUCUGAUGGAGUGCGCCCUGGAGGUCCACAAGGAGUCCACACUGAAGAGUGUCCUAAGUGCCCUCUGGAACUUGUCUGCUCACUGUACCGAGAACAAGGCUGACAUCUGUGCAGUGGAUGGGGCCCUGGCGUUCCUCGUUGGCACGCUGACGCACCGGAGCCAAACCAACACCCUGGCCAUCAUCGAGAGUGGCGGAGGCAUCCUGAGGAACGUCUCCAGCCUCAUUGCCACCAAUGAGGACCACAGACAAAUUCUCCGUGAGAACAGCUGCCUGCAGACCCUCCUCCAGCACCUCAAGUCCCACAGCUUGACCAUCGUCAGCAACGCCUGCGGAACCCUCUGGAACCUCUCGGCGCGGAACGCCAAGGACCAGGAGACGCUGUGGGACAUGGGCGCCGUGAGCAUGCUCAAGAACCUCAUCCACUCCAAGCACAAGAUGAUCGCCAUGGGCAGUGCCGCUGCCCUGAGGAACCUCAUGGCCAACAGGCCCGCCAAGUACAAGGACGCCAACAUCAUGUCCCCUGGCUCCAGCCUGCCUUCCUUGCACGUGAGGAAACAGAAGGCACUGAUCGAGGAGCUUGAUGCCCAGCAUCUCUCCGAGACGUUCGACAACAUCGACAACCUGAGCCCCAAGGCGUCUCACAGGAACAAGCCCCGGCACAAGCACGGAGUGUACGGGGACUACGACGGAGUGUGCAGGUCGGCCGACGGGUACAGCCCCAACGGCGUGGGCAUGCGAUCGCCGUACAUGAACACCCCGGUGCUGUCCAGUCCCUCGUCACGAGAGAACCGGGGCAACGGUGAAGGCAUACGAGCCGAAAGGGACAGGAGCCUGGACAGGGAGCGGAGAGGGGUCGCAGGGGGGUUCCAUUCGGACCCCGGUGAUGCUGCUGCUAAGCGGAUGCAAAUUCCCAACACGACGGCCCAGAUUAGCAUGGUCAUGGAGGAAGUGCAAGGCAUGCACUUAGGCAUGGAUGAUAGGAAUGUAGGCUCCACCCCUGACCCCCACUGUGUUCAGGACGACAUGGGCGGGGUGAGACGCAACCCAGCUGCCCACGGCCUCGGUAACGUCUACUACACUAAGACUGACCACUCUGGUAGACCAUGCCCAAUGCCUAAACUCGAGUACCGGGCCUCCAAUGACAGCCUCAACAGUGUCAACAGCACAGACGGUUAUGGCAAAAGGGGCCAAAUGAAACCCUCCAUAGACUCUUAUUCUGAAGACGACAGCAAGUGCUGCGUCUACAGGAAGUACCCGGCAGACCUUGCCCACAAGAUCCACAAUGCCAACCACAUGGAGGACAAUGAUGGGGAUCUCGACACACCCAUCAACUACAGCCUAAAGUACUCUGAUGAACAGCUGAAUUCCGGCAGACAAAGCCCAAGCCAGAAUGAACGGUGGGCACGUCCCAAGCACAUAGAAGACGAGAUGAAGAGGCCCGAUCAGAAACCUGCAAGAUCCCAAAGCCCCGGCUACACUAUGUACGCUGAAACAAACAGUGACGGCGAAGAGAAGCUGAAAAAAUAUCAGCCAAGGUUUGCCCAGCAGGAAAUGGGUGGCGGUUUCAGGGCCAGGGGUCCAAGUGGCGCUGAACAAAGCAGUGGGGGUUCCUCUCAUGGCAUGAACAAGAAAGUGAACCCUGCCAUGUGCUCUGUUGAUGACUAUGGUGACGAAAAGCCAACCAAUUACAGUGAACGGUACUCGGAAGAGGAGCAGUCCGAUGAGCAGCCAACCAAUUACAGCAUGAAGUACUCCGAGGACCAUCACGUUGAGCAGCCAAUAGAUUACAGCUUGAAAUACUCUGAGGGCAACUCCAAGAAGCCCAUGUUCAGCCACUCAAAGCCCUCCUCUGCUCAAAGCUCUGUCAAAGACCAUUUAAGCCAGGACAGCUCCUCAUCUGUAACCUCCAGCAAAAACGCAGGCAGGCAAAAGCAACCCCACCCCUCAUCUUCCCAGAGCCGAUCUGGACCGGCACGUAAUGUAAUGCAGAAGAAUGCAUCAUGCAAAGCCCCCACCAUCAACCAGGAAACACUACAGACCUACUGUGUGGAGGACACCCCGAUAUGCUUCUCCAGGGGCAGCUCGUUGUCAUCUCUAUCCUCUGAGGAGGAUGAAAUGGACGGCUGCAAAAGAAAUGCCAGCAGCAACUACCCCACCUUGCCCAUCACAGAGAAAGAGCCACCCAGCACCAUGACCGCCGAACAGCGCACCACCGAGAGCCAACCACCUGUCCAGUAUGUGAGAAUGAAACCUCCCCGUCACCAGUCUCAAGGCGGACACGGGCAUCACAAAGUGGAGUUCUCAUCCGGUGCCAAAUCCCCCUCCAAAAGUGGGGCACAGACUCCCAAGAGCCCGCCAGAACACUACCUGCAGGAAACACCCCUCAUGUUCAGCCGAUGCACCUCAGUGAGUUCUCUCGACAGCUUCGAGAGCCACUCCAUCGCCAGCUCUGUGCAAAGCGAGCCAUGCAGUGGAAUGGUGAGCGGCAUCAUCAGCCCCAGUGAUCUGCCAGACAGCCCUGGUCAGACCAUGCCACCUAGCCGCAGUAAGACCCCGCCGCCACCCCAGCCCCACUCUCAGAUCCCACAGAUGAAACAGAAAAUGAAAGUGGCCCCCCACUCUGACAAACGGGAGCUGGCCCCGAAGCAUGCUGCUGUAAAUGCUGCUGUUCAGAAAGUUCAGGUGCUACCUGACAACGACACGCUUUUGCACUUUGCCACCGAGAGCACCCCAGAUGGAUUCUCUUGUGCCUCAAGCCUCAGCGCACUGAGCAUGGAUGAACCAUACAUCCAGAAGGACGUGGAACUCAAGAUUAUGCCACCAGUGCAUGAAGAUGAACAUGGCGCCGAGGCCGACCAUGAGAACGAGGAGUCAAAAGAACCUCAGAGCCCUGAAAAGCCUGUCCCAUCAUGUGAAGAAGAGAAAGAUCUAAUGGAUGAUUCAGAUGAUGAUGACAUAGAAAUUCUAGAGGCUUGUAUAAACUCCGCCAUGCCAACAAAGUCAUCAGGGAAACACAAGAAACAGUCACCCUCAGGCACUUCAAGAAUACCUCCUCCACCUGUGGCACGCAAACCAAGCCAACUACCUGUGUACAAAUUACUUCCCACACAAAGAGGACAGCAACAGAAACACAUGACUAUGGCACACGGAGAAGACAUGCCACGCGUCUACUGUGUUGAGGGAACACCCAUUAACUUUUCAACAGCCACCUCCCUGAGUGACCUCACAAUCGAUUCCCCUCCAAAUGAGCUAGCUAGUGCUGAGCCUCCUGCAGCUCGUGUCGAACCAUCUGCGCAAAGGCGUGACACCAUCCCAGAGGGGAAAAGUGCAGAGAGCAAAGACACUGGGGCGCCGUCUGCAUCCCCUGCUGCUGCUGCCUCCCAGCUUGAGACUGAGGGAGAUGACAUACUUGCUGAGUGCAUUAACUCGGCUAUGCCGAAAGGGAAAACUCAAAAGCCUUUCAGAGCCAUUCAGAAAAUGUCUGAUCCCCCUCAGCAUCCAGUAACCGCCCCCAGUAGUCUUGUUCAACAGGAAUUUGAAAAGAAAAAACCCACUUCCCCUGUGAAGCCUAUGCCACAGAGUAGUGAGUACAGAGCUCGGAUGUUGAAAAGACCAGAGGGAGCUAGUGGUUUUCCAGAGGCUUCGCCAUAUGCUGACAAACCUAAAGACCCCAAAAAGGCCGGGCUCAAAGAGCCAGAAAGAACUCGUCCCGGCUACACUUUUGAUUCACCACACCAUUACACGCCCAUAGAAGGCACGCCGUACUGCUUCUCACGUAAUGACUCACUCAGCUCUCUUGACUUUGAGGACGAUGAUCUUGACCUGUCUAAAGAGAGGGCUGAGCUCAGAAAGGACAAAGAGCAAAGAAAGGUCCCUGCAAAGAGCCUUCCAGAGCCCCAGCAACACCAGCAGCAGCCACAGCAACCACCUGUAAACACAAACAGGGUCACUGCAUUCCAGGCCCAGCCCUCAAAGCCCAUGCAGAAACCACCAGCAUUCCCACAAGCAUCCAAAGAAAAUGCUGGACCGGUUCCAGAUGAGAAGCAGAAGUUUUCCAUUGAGGACACGCCUGUGUGCUUUUCCAGGAAUUCUUCUCUCAGCUCCCUAAGUGACAUUGACCAAGAAAACAACAACAAAGACCUGCCGCCGAAGGAAGAACCUACUCAGGUAGAGGCCCCAAGGCCACAGGCAUCUGGCUAUGCACCAAAAGCCUUUCACGUAGAGGACACCCCUGUGUGUUUCUCAAGAAAUAGCUCUCUUAGUUCACUUAGUAUUGAUUCAGAGGAUGACCUCCUUCAAGAGUGCAUCAGCUCAGCAAUGCCAAAAAAGAAGAAACAACCGCCAAGAAGCAAGUCAGAGGAUCAGAGCACCAGUGAGGAGAAAACAGUUGUGGCAGAAGGCAUCAUGGCCGAGGAACCGGACCUCAUUUUAGAUCUUACGGAUACACACAGCCCCAUUUCAGAGCAAGCCCUUUCCCCAGAUUCUGAGUCAUUCGAUUGGAAGGCCAUCCAAGAGGGGGCAAAUUCAAUUGUGAGCAGUCUGCACCAGGCAGCUGCUAGCCUGUCAAGGCAGGGCUCAUCAGACUCUGAUUCCAUCCUCUCCCUGAAAUCCGGUAUCUCCCUGGGAUCUCCUUUCCACCUCCCCUCGAAUUCAGAUGAGGCCAAACCAGCACUGAGCAAGGGUGGGCCAAGGAUAUUAAAGCCUGGUGAGAAAAGCACAGUCGAAUCAAAGAAGAAGGAAGAAGAAGCAAAAGGCCUCAAAGGUGGAAAGAAGGUCUACAAAAGCCUCAUCACGGGCAAACCACGACCCAGUCAUGACACUGUCCCCUCCCAGAGACCGGCCCCUGGCCCAGUAAUGUCUAGAGGUAGAACUAUGACUCACAUACCUGGUGUAAGGAGCAGUUCUCCCAGUACCAGCCCAGUGCCAAAAAAGCCCCCUCCCCGCGGGCAAGUGUCAAAGCCCCUAUCCCAGGGUCCAAACUCUGGGAAUUCGCCAAGGGGAAUCAAACCCCCAGCCAAGUCUGACCCCAGUCCAGCCCGUGAGCCCCCAGCCUCCCAAGGCGGCUCCAGUAAAGGCUCCUCACGUUCCGGAUCCAGAGAUUCUACACCGUCCAGACCUCCUCCCCAGUCCCUGACCAGACCCAUGCAGUCUCCAGGCCGAGGAGGAGCUGUUUCUGUUUCCCCAGGGAGGAAUGGAUUAACCCCCCCUAACAAGUUGUCUCAGUUGCCACGGACUGCUUCUCCAAAUGCACAGGCUGCAAAAGCGGGCCCAGGUGGCCGCAUGGCCUACACCUCCCCUGGCAGACAAAUGGGUCAGCAAGCACAAGGCAAACAAAUGACGGCACCGAGAAGUGCCAGCGGGAUUCCUCGUAGUGAGUCGGCCUCUAAAAGCCUCAACCAGUGUGGAGCAUCCGGCCCCUCCAAAAAGGCAGACCUCUCCAGAAUGUCGUCCACCAAGUCCAGUGGCAGUGAGUCUGACCGUUCAGAAAAGCCCGGCCUCGUCCGCCAGUCCACGUUCAUUAAGGAAGCCCCUAGUCCAACACUAAAAAGGAAACUAGAAGAGUCAGCCUCGUUUGAGUCCCUGUCCCCCUCCUCACCAAGUAUGUCACAGUCCCAAACACCCGUAUCCAGCCCUUCCUUACCUGAUAUGUCCUUAGGUUUGCCCUAUCAAGGCAGCAGCGGAUGGAGGAAGUCCCCGCACAGUCAGAACUCCUCUGAAAACGGAGACGGGAAAUCGGUCAAAAGGCAAGACGCCUCUCGGUCUCAUUCAGAGAGCCCUUCUAGAAUGCCCAUAAACAGGACGGGAACCUGGAAGAGGGAACACACCAAACACUCAUCGUCCCUCCCCAGAGUCGGCACGUGGAAAAGAACCGGCAGCUCCUCUUCCAUCCUCUCCGCUUCGUCGGAGUCCAGUGAGAAGGGCAGAAGUGAGGACGAGAGGCAAGCCACAAGCCCAGCCCAAAGAACGGCACAGGGCAAAGAGGCCACCCCUUUAAAGGGCACGUGGAGGAAAAUGAAAGACAGUGAUGGCUCUCGCUCUAUGACGUUAGAUCUAGCGGAUACGGGUGCAGAGUCGGGAUCUUCAGCCUUGGGCCAUCAGAAUGCAGGUGCAUCAAAAAGUACUGAAGAUGUGUGGGUCCGAAUCGAGGACUGCCCCAUAAACAACCCCAGGUCAGCAAAAUCCCCCACAGCCAACACCCCACCUGUCAUUGACUCUGUUCCAGCCAAAAUGUCAGUCGCAGAUGCCAGUGAACCUCACCCCAAGCCACCGAGUGUAGCGGAAAAUGCUAACACGCGCCGACUUGGGUCCGAGACGAAUCUGAACCUGUUCAGGAGCAGCGAGAGUCUCGACCGAAAAGGCGCCGACAUGAUCAAGCAUGCUCCCAGCAACCCAAACGUCGCCAGCGAGAGCCACGAAGUUCCCGUGGCCACCGAACGAACCCCCUUUAGCUCCUGCAACUCCAGCAAGCACAGCUCCCCGAGUGGUGCCGUGGCCGCCAGGGUCAGCCCUUUCAACUACACCCCCAGUCCCAGAAAGAGCAGUGCGGACAGUACCGCCGCCCCCAGACCCUCCCAGAUCCCCACGCCCGUGUCUAGCGGCGUGAAGAAGAGGGACUCCAAAGGGGACACUACGGAGAGUGGCUCUUAUAUUGUUACGUCUGUCUAAGGACCCGGUGUUGUAGAUAUACCAGAGACUGAAAGUGGGUUCCUUGAGUGCCCCCCAACAUACUCUUGACUCGCCUGAAACAGACAAAAGCACUGUUCUUGAUGUGAGAGUGGGAAAAAUUAAGCUGUUUGUGUAGAUGUAGGCCUGAUGGAAGGCUCUGUGUUUUUUGAUGGUGAAGUUGUGAUCGGCAUACUUGGUUAGAAAACCAAGAACUUCAGAGACUUUGUCGAGCAAAAACUCUAUGUGAAUUUAUACUGUACAGAUUUUAAUUAUGUAUAUAUUUAAUUUAAACCCCUAUCAAGAUUAUGUAUCUUGCCUGACUUGACAAAGAUAAUCACUUAAAAAGUUGCAUAUUUGGGACACUUGCGAUGGACUGGAGUAAUAUUUGUUGCUUUUGAUUUUCGAAAUGUUAAAAACCCUGUAAAGGCCUGUAUAAAGUUAAAAGCAUUUCCUUAUUGCAGCUUCAAAGACGUAUAUGACCACCUUCCCUGUCCCCCUCCCUGCAUGAAGCGACCUGAUGGUGUAUUUUCUGAAGUGAAGAUUAGCAUUUCUGUGGUCACUUUGACAUGUAUUGGUAGCUGUAGUGUAACAAUUUUACACUUUUACUCUUGUGCUUCGAAAGCAAGGACUUGUAAUGUUUUUGAAUUGAAUGAGGAUGUUUAUGUGGGUCAUAUAGAUGACAUCAAAAUGUAGGUAGAUCCCAUUACUCUGCUAUUUGUUGUAAUAAUGUUACCAGGUGACUUGGGUGUAUUUUUAUUCUAUAAUUUCAGACCAUCUCUAAAGGACUACAUUUGAAAAUUAAAACGGUUCUCCCUA